GUCACCGUUAUUAUUAUUAUCAUUACUAUUAUUAAUGCUAUUCGUUGCCUUCAGACUCAUGAGUUCUCCAUCAGAUACUGCAGUUCUUCAAUCAGCGAUAUCUUCUAAAGCAGACUGGAACUACAAUUCCUCGUCGACAAAUGAAAUUCAGCCGCGUGCGAUCACCUCUUUCGAAAGCUACUUGAGUGAUGUGGAGCCUGUUUUUGACCAUCAGUUGUCUUGUUACACACCCGCUAUUCCCUCGUGCACUGGAUCACACCUCUCCAAAGACACAUCUGAUGCUCGUCAAAACCAGGGCUGUGUAACUGGCGAAGACUUACAACAGGAAUACAUUCCGCAGUCGAUCGUGACUAACUGUUCACUGUUGCCUACAGCUGACUCUAUAAACUAUUUGCCUUACUAUCUUUCCGACCGAUCUAUCGGUUCCAGCGUCCAAAGUCCUACGGAUACUACGUCCUUAAAUUCACGUUCUCCUACUCAUGUCACACGUGUUGCUUCUACUUCGGAUAUGAUUUUACCGAGUGAACCACUCGUGCUUUCUGAAGGAUCUGUCUUAAGCCAGUCAACAGUUGCGCCAGACGAGUCACGUAGUCUCGACCUGGAUCGUGUGUUCUCCGCCAUCAUCAACCCUGUUUCUGAUAUACACUUUAAUCCGGCGAGUCUUGCAGUGGAUCCACGGAAUCCUGUCAAUCAUUGUUCAUCAUUAUCGAGUUUUGUUAGCUCGUCCGGAAAUUCCAAUGUAUCCGAAAAUGUGGCUGGGUCGAUGAACCUGGAACGGAGGAGGCAUUUAUCGGGCUUUCCUGACUCGAGUUUCUCAUCUGCACUUUCAGAUGCAUCGGAAUCUCUGAACAGUAAUAGCGUGGAUUACGUUUGCGAAAGUUCACACUGUCGAGAUAUCCGUCCGUCCUUUUACACAAAGGCAGGCACUUCCGGUGCGCACGCGCCUAGUUCACUUUGCACCAUUCCCAGUGAGGGCCUCAGUUCCAGUUGUCCUGGGACAUUUGAUCGGUCACUGCAUUCAGCGCCGGACUCAUUGAUCUCCACUAGAAGCAUUCUAUCCUCAUGCGACAGCCAGAUCAAUGGGGUUAUCCAGCACCAGUCCAAUAUGCUGGACACAUAUUCUCGUUCAGACAGAUCAGUUAAAAAUAAUCACUUUACUGGAGUGGACCCUUUCACUUUUUCUCCAUCAAAUGAAUCACACAGUUGGAACUAUCAACAGGCUAGUACAACAUCGUGCAAUAAAUUUCCUUUUGCGACCGAAUUUCAACUCAAGCGUCAAGAGUUUUCGGUAGAUAGGCCCGCGCCAUUAUCUGCGCAAUCAGAAUCCCCUUUUGCAGCCGACACCCGUUCAUCCACAGAGAAUGUGGGACAAACAGCUCAGGCUGGUGUUCUGCUGCGAGCCUGCGUUGUAUGUGGAGACAAGUCAACUGGAGCUCAUUAUGGAGUAUUCACCUGUGAAGGUUGCAAAAGUCGAGCAGCCACUGUCCAGAAAUCGGAGCAGCCUUACAUCCGUACGAGUACCCUGGUGACUGACAAGUCCCGUUCCGUUCAGUCAUGCACAUCCACGUGUACGCACAUCCAUUUGGCUGUCAGUGCACUUGACACAGUACGGUCUCUACCUUUAACGGCUAUUUGGAUGCUUUCUUCGUUUAUCCUAAGACAUAGAAGCGAGAUGGCACAGUGGUUAGAGCGCGAAUUUGCUGGCUGGAAGCUAGACACUGAAAGGGUGCUGCAGCUGAACGAUUUUUUUAUAUCAUUAGACGUUCUGGUGAAGGCUCCCUUUCCAGCUCCUUGCACGGGUUGGCGUCGUCACAAAAGAGACAGGCCAACAACGUCGCUCACCGCUGUCACAUCUGAGGCCGAUUUUGAGUUCACAAGGAGUAUGAAGGAGGUCACGAAACGCUUGGGUGCUGUCGGUGCUACUCGCCUUCCAGGGUGGGGACCGCGUGAUCAUCACUGUGCCUGGUUGGAGACACUACAAGAUAUGACUGCCAACCGAUGUCAGUGGCGUUCCUGUUGUCAGUUUCUAUCCAGAUUGCCUGAGCUUUCAAAUAAGUCAUGGUUGUACGGCAGUGAAGCAUCGAUGUUGAACACUGAUACCUACGCCUGUGCUCGUAACGGCAGUUGUGAGGUUAAUCGUGCGCUCCGUAACAAGUGCCAGCAUUGUCGAUUUCUUAAAUGCCUUGCCAGCGGAAUGUCCAAAGACGCCGUCCGAAGAAAACAGCCAGCAGGCAAUAAAAAAUCAUCGAAAACAACGGGACGCAGAAGGUCUAACAAAUCUGCACAUACGUCGUCAGAGCAUCCAGAACCGAUGCUCCCUUGUGAUGUAAAUCGCUCGGAUGCCUGCAGUUCUCAAACGACACCCAGAUCCGUUUAUUCCGGAACAGAGCAAUCCACCGUUGGCUGGACUGCUGGGAGCAGCAUUUCAUUCCCUUCAGCUUUAACAAAUCCAUUGGGAAAGCUCUCACCAACCACCAAUUUCCUCUCUCCUCAAGACCGCCAGAUCAUCGUUAGCCUGCAUGACUUAGUUCGGGCGAGCAAGAAACAUUCUUUGGCCGAAACUCGAAUGCAGAUGAACUCUUGCCUGCCGGAAUCAGACGGGAAAAUUGUCAUCACUUCAGUCGAACAAAUUCUGUGUCCAGCUCAACUUUGCUUUGCCUAUCAAUUUUCCGGUUGCCUUGCAGAAUUUGCUCAACUCUCUCAGCAUGACCAAGCAAUCUUGAUUCGUGGUUGUCUAAUGGAACUAACAUUCUUGUUGAUGUGCAAUAACUACCGCUUGGCGCCAGAGGGAGAAUCAGCUUUAUGCACCGGUGAUGGCACUGAGAUCUCCACCUCAGAAGGUGAAUGUUCUGCAUAUUUAGUCAGCCCCUGGAACGCAAACUUUCUUAUUACAGAAGCGAGUUUCAGUCAUCUCCAUCUGACGGAUAAUACGUGGACCCCCAGCCGUAUCCUAAAGUUUGCUUGGCGUUUGACGCAGCUACGUUUGACUGACGAGGAAAUUGGGCCCCUUCUUGGACUCGUACUUUUCACCCCAGAAAGGGCCGAUCUUUUGGAGGUACAAGCCGUCAGUCGGAUCCAAGGUGUCUGGGCCGAGCUAUUGCGUCGUCUCUGCGAAAGCCAAGGUUCGCGAACCAGGUGUGCACAUUUGAUUUUGCUUUUGUCAACACUCCGUGAAUUGGCGGCCAAGGUAACGCACAAUCUCGCCCGGUGGUAUAGCUUCAAUCAUAUUCCAAUACCAAACAAUCUCAGGGAAUUUCUAAUGCCAGUGUGGAACCCAAAUGACUACAUGUGAAGCUGAUUCUUUGUAGAAUCCUACUCAACCCGGUACUUCCACCCCGUGUGACUUCAGUCUGAUUACGGUGCAUUCGAACUCUAAGAAUUGUGGUAGUUUCUAUCUUCCUUGAUCAUCAUUAUCGUGUUUUCGUCUCUUUAACGCUCACUAUUUGUCGAUUUAUUGUCAUGUGGCAGUUGUCUUACGCUUUCAUCAAAUCACUGUGAUCAUUUCACGCACAGUGGUAUCUUCCACCAGCUAUUUCUGAUUACUUGUAACCACCCAUCUCGGUGGUCACUUGACACACUCAGGUGUUCUGUGAAAUUCCGUUGUCGUAGUGAGGUGAUUCGCCCGUCUCGUUUAUUCGUGGUUGACACCUCGUCUAUUUUACGUCCUCGGUUUCUUUAUUACCUUGGUGUAUAUUUCUGCUAUUUUUCUGGAUGAUUCAAUUGUCCUCGUAUUUGGUAUUGUGUGACACAGGCGCCGACGCAUUCUGCGCCAAACUGCUUCC